AUGUCGCUUUCCGCAGCUGCUAGAGAAAUAUCAGAUUCAGAUUUCCAAGAUAUCGGACCGGCGCCGAAGCCACCACCUAUGGCAUUUAAUAUGACCAAACCUAUAAUGAAAAAUAGAAGUCAGUUAGAUGUCAGUGGUGGUAAUGGUGGUCAUUUUGGUAUUAACCAGCAGAAUUCGGUGGGAUUGCAGAAGAAGAAGUCGGGCUGGGUGUCGUAUAAGGAGGAUGGGCUACUUUCUUUCUUGUGGCAGAAGCGGUACUUGGAUAUGAACGAAACUUAUCUUUCCGUUUACAAGAGUAAUUCUAAGGAUGAUAUUGUGUUGCAGGUUCCAUUGACUGCUAUUGUUAGUGUUUCGAGAAAUCAGCUGAAACAGCAUUGUUUUGAGGUGGUUAGGUUGACCGAAAGAUCCGCAAGUCAGUCGUCGAGUGGUUCCGAAAACGCAUCAAAAAAAUCUAUAUAUUUUGCUACUAAGACUGAAUUGGAGUUGCACCACUGGUUGGAUUUUAUAUUUUCCAAGUGCCCGUUGUUGAGCGGUGUUUCAUCGCCUACGAACUUUACCCAUAAGGUACACGUAGGAUUUGAUCCGGAAACAGGUUCAUUUGUGGGAAUGCCACUAAACUGGGAGAAACUGUUGAAGCACUCUAGGAUUACUGGCGAAGAUUGGAACAACAAUUCUGCAGCUGUCAUUCAAGUCUUGCAAUUCUACCAGGAGUAUAACAGCGGGGUUACCAGUCAGGUUUCAAUAUCUCCCUCAAAAAACCCUCAAAAAACUUCAUUGACCAGCAACCAGGCUCCCCUUGGGAUUGAUUCAAAAGCACAGGGUCCAAAUGACAAGAAAGGUACACCAGCUACGCCGCAAAAAGAGCAACCAUCGCAAGUACCCAAAACUUCUUUGUUUACCGUCAAUUCUGCAUCAUCGUCCUCUAAGCGGUCACCGACUGUAGCACAACCUAAGAAAGAGGCACCUUUGCAACCUGUACUAUAUGCAGAAGGGCUAUUUGGAGCAUUUCCUUCUAUGGCUAAUAAGCAUCCAGCUAACUAUAGUAAGCAAAAAUCCUCUUUCCCUCCCAUCAGCGCUCCAUCUCCAGUGGAUGCAACUCCAUCAACCCAUGGUAAAACUCCAAAGACAAAUGUCCCUAUUUCCAACCCACCCCCAACUCCUACACCACAACUGCAAUUGAAUUCCUCCCGAGAACAGUAUCCGAAGGUGAAGGUCACUGCUCAAACAUUGCCAUCAGGGAAGAAAAAUCCGAUCACUGAUUCACCACUUUAUAAUUAUGAAGCUCCAAAGCCUUCUAGCCCCAUCCCGGCCGCUCCUAUGAAACUAGUACCCCCAUUGAGGCUGCAGCCCCAGCGUCCAGCUCCAAACCGACCUCCUCAGUUGCUCAACACUAAAGAUAGCGCCCCAGCUAAAGUACCUCAACCUGUUAAACCAUAUGGUAACGUAGCUGCACAACCUUCAUAUAAAGAUCCUAAAAAGCCCGAAGCUGUUCCUGGCCCUGGUGGCCCAAGUGUUACCAGGCCGAAAAAAACCUCGCCGGCCAUGUCUACUGCCGAAAUAAUGGCGAAAUUGCAGGCUGUUACUUUCAACACUGACACCACACCAUUUUUCCAGAUGAUUGAAAAAGCUGGUCAAGGUGCCAGUGGAUCUGUUUACCUUGCCAAGAGAUUAAAGGAUCCUCCUCAAGAUGAAAACAAUGCUGUGCAUAAUCAUAUGGCUAAUGGCCGUGUGGGAGAGAAAGUUGCCAUAAAGCAGAUGAUACUAUCGAAGCAACCUCGUAAGGAACUAAUUGUUAACGAAAUAAUGAUUAUGAAGGCCUCCCAACAUAAAAAUAUUGUAAAUUUCCUCGAGGCAUACUUGAAAACGGAUGAUGACCUUUGGGUAGUUAUGGAAUAUAUGGAAGGUGGUUCCCUAACGGAUGUCAUUGAGAAUGCAAUGUCAGGCGAUGCCUCCAAAUGCAGUAUGACUGAAGGUCAGGUUGCAUAUAUUGUUCGUGAAACAUGCCAGGGACUGAACUUUCUUCAUAGUAAACAAAUCAUUCAUAGAGAUAUCAAGUCCGACAACGUUUUGCUUGAUAAAAUGGGAAGAGUGAAGAUAACUGACUUUGGCUUUUGCGCAAAGUUGACCGAUAAGAGAAAAAAGCGGGCUACUAUGGUUGGUACUCCAUAUUGGAUGGCACCUGAGGUUGUGAAACAACGGGAGUACGAUGAAAAGGUUGAUGUGUGGUCAUUAGGUAUUAUGACAAUUGAGAUGCUAGAAGGUGAACCUCCAUACCUAAAUGAAGAGCCGUUGAAAGCAUUGUAUCUGAUCGCAACUAAUGGCACACCAAAGUUAAAGCGUCCAGAUUUACUUUCUUUGGAAAUUAAGCGAUUCUUGAGUGUCUGUUUGUGUGUGGAUGUAAGAUACAGAGCUUCAACGGAGGAACUAUUACACCAUUCGUUUUUUGAAAGAAGUUGCCAGCCAAGCGAGCUCGCAACUUUACUCAAAUGGAACAAGAACAAUUCUUAA